CUCCUCCAUCCGGGUUCUUCCCAUUUUCGAGCGUAUCUUGGUACCAUGAGUCUAAUUCUAGUGCUUGCCUGGGUAGGAGGUGUCAGUCGGCGCGGCGCUCUAGGCCGAGCAGUGUUCGGUCUCUAUGACCACAGAGGGAGGUCCCCUUGCCUUGCGCUGCGUGCGCUUUGGGAACGCGCGUCAGUUCCGCGCGGGGCUGUCAGGGAACUAUGGCUGCCCCAAGAGAGAAUGUCAGUUUGUUAUUCAAGUUAUACUGCUUGACAGUGAUGACCCUGGUGGCUGCAGCUUAUACCAUAGCUUUAAGAUACACAAGGACAUCAGACAAAGAACUCUACUUUUCAACCACAGCUGUGUGUAUCACAGAAGUUAUAAAGUUAUUGCUAAGUGUGGGAAUUUUGGCUAAAGAAACUGGUAGUCUGGGUAGAUUCAAGGCAUCUUUAAAAGAAAACGUCUUGGGGAGCCCCAAGGAACUGAUGAAGUUAAGUGUGCCAUCAUUAGUGUACGCUGUUCAGAACAACAUGGCUUUCCUCGCUCUUAGCAAUCUGGAUGCAGCAGUGUACCAGGUGACUUAUCAAUUGAAGAUUCCUUGUACUGCUUUAUGUACUGUUUUAAUGUUAAACCGGACACUCAGCAAAUUACAGUGGAUUUCAGUUUUCAUGCUAUGUGGUGGAGUUACACUUGUGCAGUGGAAACCAGCCGAAGCUACAAAAGUUGUGGUGGAACAGAAUCCAUUAUUAGGGUUUGGCGCUAUAGCUGUUGCUGUAUUGUGCUCAGGAUUUGCAGGGGUAUAUUUUGAAAAAGUUUUAAAGAGUUCAGACACUUCCCUUUGGGUGAGAAACAUUCAAAUGUAUCUAUCAGGGAUUGUUGUGACAUUAGUUGGAGUCUACUUGUCAGAUGGAGCAGAAAUUAAAGAAAAAGGAUUUUUCUAUGGUUACACAUAUUAUGUCUGGUUUGUCAUCUUUCUUGCAAGUGUUGGAGGCCUCUACACUUCUGUUGUGGUCAAGUACACAGACAACAUCAUGAAAGGCUUUUCUGCAGCAGCAGCCAUUGUCCUUUCCACUAUUGCUUCAGUGAUGCUAUUUGGAUUACAGAUAACACUCAUGUUUGCUCUGGGUACCCUUCUUGUAUGUGUUUCCAUAUAUCUCUAUGGGUUACCCAGACUUGACACUACAUCCAUUCAACAAGGAGAAACAUCUUCAAAAGAGAGAGUCAGUGGUGUCUGAUUUCAGUCUCAAGAGAAAUUCAAACUAAGACUGUAUUAAACUAGAGCCUUAAGAAAAUCCAGAAGAUAGCUUAAACAAACAAAAAUUUUACUGUAUGGCGUAAGAAUUAAGAAGAAAGCUAUCCGAGUGAAUUGCUAUUACAGGGACUUAAUGUGAACCUGUUUGGAGUCAACCUGUUUUAUUUUAGAAUGAAGGAAUUUUAUUAUUGUAUAUAUAAUGUACACUGAAAGUAUGGAGAAAAUAUGGUAUAAAAAAAUCAUGUGAGGCUACAAUAUUCAAGUAACAAGGUAUGGAAUAAUGUUUUAAGGAUUCAAGUGCCAAAGCCAUCUCUGUACUAACUGUUCUCUUGUUCAGCUACCAGGGGAGAGAGACAAUGACUCCUUAUUCUCCAAUUCAUGUACAGUAUUUUGUCCCUGUAGCAGUGAAGACUUAGCUCUUUUCUUACAGAAGAUAGGCAGGAACAAGACAGGCUAGUUCAGCAACAAACUGAAUGUGUAACUUUUUCUCAAACUGAAUCUAUUAUUUCAUAACUCAGCUGAAGAGCUCUGGGUGAUGACUUGAGUACUCCUUUUAAUGCUGUAUUUGUACCAUUCAUUGUCUGGAUACAUAAUUUUUGCUGUUAGACAAUAUACUUUUCUUCAAAAAAAUUUUUCUACUGUCACUUUUAUACUUCUUUUAAAGUAUGUUCAACUGUUGGGGUCUCAAUAAUUUGUGAAAUUUCAGUGUUUAAAAAAAAUUCUAUAAUGUUAAUGGGGGAAAUUCAGCAAUAAAUUUUAUUUAUUUAUAUGAA